AGCAAUUAGAAACGGGGAAGUGUAACACACAAUAAUUAAGAGCUGCAGUAUACAGGCAUUGACACGAGUUAAUAAAGCUGAAAGGAGAUUGACAAUGGAAAGAGAUUCUUCACUCGAUCUUCCUAGUCUCUGGAUACUAUAACUGGGAGAAAAAGUUUCCUCAGCUUGGGGAUGAUUCACUUGUCAACAUUAUACCUAUUGUAACAACACCAUUUAUUUUAUGACACCUGUGAAUGGUAGCUUUUUUUUGGAAAAAAAGGACAAAAAGACAUUUCACUUAUUUUUAUAUUGAUAACUUUUUUGUGUUGAAAAAUGAAUCGAUACACAACUCUGAAACAACUGGGAGAUGGAACAUAUGGUAGUGUUCUAAUGGGAAAAAGCAAUGAGUCUGGAGAGUUAGUUGCUAUCAAAAGAAUGAAAAGGAAGUUUUACUCUUGGGAAGAGUGCAUGAACCUGAGAGAAGUGAAGUCAUUGAAGAAGCUGAAUCAUGCCAACGUUAUAAAGUUAAAGGAAGUGAUCAGGGAAAAUGACCAUCUCUACUUUGUUUUUGAAUAUAUGAAAGAAAACCUCUAUCAGUUAAUGAAGGACAGAGAAAAUAAGCUGUUCAGUGAAAAUGAAAUAAGGAACAUAAUGUUCCAGGUGCUCUCUGGCUUAGCUUUUGUACACAAGCAUGGAUUUUUUCAUCGUGAUAUGAAACCGGAGAACUUGCUCUGUAUGGGUCCUGAACUUAUAAAAAUUGGAGACUUUGGAUUAGCUAGGGAAAUUAGGUCACGCCCCCCAUACACAGACUAUGUUUCCACCAGAUGGUAUCGUGCUCCAGAGGUGUUGCUGAGAUCUUCAGUUUACAGUUCUCCCAUUGACAUAUGGGCAGUGGGCUGUAUAAUGGCAGAGCUCUAUACUUUACGUCCACUUUUCCCAGGAAAUAGUGAAGUCGAUGAAAUCUUUAAGAUUUGCCAAGUGUUGGGAACAGUGAAGAAGAACGACUGGCCGGAAGGCUAUCAGCUUGCAGGGUCUAUGAAUUUCCGUUUCCCACAGUGUGUACCAACAAACCUUAAAACACUAAUUCCAAAUGCCAGCAAUGAAGCCAUAGACCUGAUGAGAGACAUGCUACAGUGGGAUCCAAAAAAGAGGCCUACAGCUAUCCAGGCUCUGCGGUACCCAUACUUUCAAGUGGGACAAGUUUUGGGACAACCUCCACAGUAUGUAGAGCAGCAAAAUGCCCAGAACAAACCAGUGCAGCCAACAGAGCCGAAGCCAGUAUCCCUGUCUAAAACUGAGCCACACUCUCCACCGGAGCCUGUCAUCAAGGUCCAGCCCAACGUGAACCACCAACCACUGCAGCAGAUUCAACUGCCACAACAGAUAUCCAACCAGCCUGGCCUACCAAAAAUGACCUACAAACAGCAGCAGCCAUACCUACCAACCACAAAUAACAACCCUCCAGUUAAACCAGCUGCAGCAGGCAAUGGAAAUAAUAUUGUUGGUAGUAAAAGUGGCCGAAGGCGCUGGGGGCAGACUAUACUGAAAACCUCGGACAGCUGGGACGAAUUUGAUUCAGACAUUGGUGUUUCCUAUUCAAAAAAGCCUAGUAUAGGAUCAAUGAAGGAAAAAAUAAAUGAGGGGUCUCUCUUUCGGUCUGCAGAACAGAACCCCUCCAAUGCAUGUGGUACUGGAAACAGAGUUACAUCCAAUACCACAGCAAACAGGAUAGAGUCAGGAAUUUCAAACUCAUCUUCAGCAAGGCAACACUAUUUACGACAAUCAAGGUACCUUCCUGGUGUAAAUCCCAAGAACUCUUCAGUAGUAGAAAGAAAUAAAGAAUCAUCCUGGGAUCUAUGGGGCAAUUCUUCAACUUUAAUUAGUAAACCACUGUGGCCUAUUGGAGGAGGAAUGUCAAUUAACAGAGCCAAUGCAGGGGAUGAAAAAUCAGCAUCAACGGAGAAAUUGAAAGAGAAUGUUACCUCUCCCAAUAGCCAAGCACAUUUUGGAGGGACUAACUAUAAUUCUGGAGUAUACAUCCCAUCAUUUCAGAAAAAGGAGGUUGGUUCAGCUGGACAGAGGAUUCAGCUGGCAACCUUAGGAGGUCCAUCUGCAAAUCAUGAUGGGUGGAAGACCAAAGCAGCACAUUCUCAAUUUUCAGGCACAAGUUUCAACACAGCUGGAAAAAAUUCUGGUAAUCUCUUAUCCCGAGCUCCACCAAUCCAACCUGUGCAUGGAAGAAUAGACUGGGCAGCCAAAUAUAGUACCCAUCGGUAGCAUAACUAAUUAUUUUUAAAAGUAUUUUUCAAAGUUUUCUAUGAGGACCACUUCUAAAAUGUUUGUGGUCUGGCAAAGUGCAGACCAGUCACCUUGAAGCCAGAAGCAAUAUCUUCUUAUGUGCAUGUGAAUCAUGCAGAGGCUUCCAACUUUUACUACUUGAAAGUGAGAUUGUUUUCUACGAAUAAACUUUAAUAAACAAUAUUACAUUUUGUUUGUUUUUGUUUGAUAGUUUUUGAUAAAUACUGCUGUAAAUAUGGAGGAAUAAAAAAAAAAACAUUUAGUAUCUUACUGAAGACACGUAGACCUGUGCAAGCUAAAAAUGAAGAGCUUGGCCUUUCUUGGUAAUCAUUUUAAACAUUAUUAAAAAAAAAUAAAACCGAGCUCUCACAAGUGUUAACAAAACAAAAUAACAAACAACAAUCUGAUGUACCCGAGUUUGUAGAGAAAUUACUGGAGUUUCCUUCUGAGCUUUUUUCGUUAGAUUUAGGUUUUACAUUGGUUGGCCCCAUUUACUUAAGUAUUCUAAUCAGAUAAUGGUUUAGGACCUGCAUGAAAUAAAUUGCAGUGGGCUGCACAGUUUCUUAUGGAGGGGUAUCUGGAUCUCAGAAAGUAGUUACUA